GGAGGAGGAAGGAGGAGGAAGGAGUAGACGCAGCACUCAGACGGGCGUGUUUUAUGAGCCGCUGCAGCAUCUAGCACGGAGGAAGCAGAAGAAAGACUUCAGCAAACGACUGGAGAGUACCAGAAAGCGAGACCGCCAAAGCACCACCUUAAGUCUCGCCGUGACGCCAUUGCCUCGACAGGAGGGUUCCAGGCGAAAGAGUGUGUGUGUGUGCAUGUGUGUGUGUGUGUGUGUGUGUGUGUGUGUGUGUGUGCGUGUGCCUUGAUGAAUGUGUGCGCGUCAAUGGGACAUUGAGACAUGAGUGUGCCAAUGGCCCUCCCCGUGCCCAUCUUCCCGUUCGUCCUCUUCCCUUUGACCUUCCUCUCGCCAUCCACACUUCCGCUGGCUCAGGGAGCCCUCAUCAUCCCACAAGGCUACAAAGCAAACAACCUUUCGCAGCCACCUGUGCUCACGCAGCCUUUCGAGGUGAUGACAUCAUACACGGCCUUUUAUCGUGAUGACAUCAUUCUGCCGUGCGAGGCUUCCGGCAACCCGCCGCCCACUUUCCGUUGGGUGAAAGAUGGCCGAACAUUCGGGUCGGAGAGGACGGGAAGUGGAACGCUAGAGGUCAGCGAAGAUGAAGCUCUGGAAUUGUACCAGGGAACAUUCCGAUGUUAUGCCUCCAACACGCUAGGGACUGCCAUGACGCACAAAGUGCACAUCAAUGUAGAGGCCCAGCCAGUUCUGCUGAAGCAGCAGAAGCUCCGCCGCGAAGCUUAUGUGGGUGAGAGCAUGGUGUUGACCUGCAACCCCCCGCCGAGCUCCGCCCCUCCGCAAAUCCACUGGAUGGAUAAGAAGCUGGUGCACAUCAGGCAGAGUGACAGAGUGAUGGUCGGCCUCAACGGCAACUUGUACUUUGCUAAUCUGCUCAAGAGCGACAGCCGAGAGGAUUACUUCUGCAACUCCCACUACAUUGAAGCCAGAACCAUCUUGCCUGAUACCGCCAUUGCUCUCACUGUGCUGCCGAGUAACGACGUGGCUCAUGGCAAGCCGGCUCAAAUCUUCCACCCAAGCAGUUCCCACUCGUCGGUGCUAGCACUCCGCGGCCAAAGUCUGACCUUAGAAUGCAUUCCCAAAGGCCUUCCGACUCCAAAGGUGGAGUGGAAGAAGAAGGACGGCAAACUGGAUGAGACUGGCGGGCAUCCGGAAAACCACAACCGCUGGCUUUACUUUGACAGUGUCGACCAGCGCGACGAUGGCGAGUACGAGUGCAGAGCGUCCAACGUGCAUGGGUCUAGUGUGCACUCCUUCACUGUCACUGUUGAAGCGGCUCCCUACUGGGUGAAGGAGCUCCAGAACCUUCGUUACGCUCCAGGUGAAACCGUGCGACUGGACUGUCUCGCUGAAGGCAUCCCGACGCCCAAUAUAACCUGGAGUAUUAACGGUCAACCGCUGUCAGCGGUGGAUGAGGACACUCGCCGCAGGGUGUCGGGCGGCGUGUUGAGGCUCACGGACGUCCUGCUGAGUGACACGGCGGUGUAUCAGUGCGAGGCCACCAAUGACCACGGCUCCAUCCUGCUCAACGCCUACCUCCAUGUUGUUGAGCUCCCCCCUCAGAUCCUAUCCUCAGACGGCGUCGUGUACCGGAUCACGGAGGGCGGGACCAUCAAAAUGUCCUGCGAGACUUUUGGCUCGCCGCGCCCUCAUGUCAAAUGGGAAGGGGAGGACUGGGCCCCCUUGCUGUCAGACCCCCGUGUUUCCCUGUUGACCAACGGGACCCUGGAGUUGUCUGACGUGGGUCCCGGUGACAGCGGCAUGUACACGUGCUUGAUCAAAAACACCAACAUCUCCAUCAACGCUCACCUCGAAGUGUUCAAUAAGACAAGGAUUGUGACCGGCCCGCAGAACGUGCGUGCGCUCCGAGGCGGGAAGGCGUUGCUGGACUGCUAUUUUCGAAAAGAUCCCCGACUGCCGCGUUACCAAAUCAUCUGGAGGAAAGACGGACAAAAACUGCAGGAAUCAUCACCGGAUGACAAGUACACUAUAUUUGCAAAUGGCACAUUGAAGGUAACCGAUGUCCAAUCAAAAGACAAUGCGGCAUAUUCCUGCGAGGUUAUCACGGAACUUGACCAGGUGACGGCCAUCGGCUCCAUCACAGUCGUGGCUCGUCCAGACCCUCCUCUGGAUGUGACCCUGUCUGAUGUGAAAGACGACACUUUGACUCUUAGCUGGAUCCCGGGUCGCUCGCACAACAGUCCCAUCACAGAGUUCAUUGUGGAAGCGAAGGAGGAGCAGCAUUCGCGAAGACACGACGGCGACACCUGGAGGUGGGAGGCACUCAAGCGGGUGCCCGCCGACUUCAAUCACCUGCAGCUCAGCCUCCACCCUUUCUGCACUUACGCUUUCCGCGUCGUUGCUGUCAACCAGCUUGGCCCCAGCGAGCCCAGCCAGCCCACCCCUCUCCACAGCACACCCCCAGCAGUACCACACAACAACCCCACUGGUGUUCGCAGUGAAUCCUCCGAUUCUGGAACACUGGCUAUUACGUGGGACGAGAUGCCCAGGCGAUCACAUAACGGUCAGGACUUCCAGUACAAGGUGUUAUGGAGGAAGGCAGGGGGCAAGACUGAGCGCUGGAACCACGGUUAUGCGAAGUCUCCGCCCUUCUCAGUCAACAACACAGGGACGUAUGUGCCUUUUGAGAUCAAAGUCCAAGCCGUCAAUGCACUGGGAGAAGGUCCUGCUCCGGAGGCCGAGAUCGGACACUCAGGCGAAGAUGUUCCCGAGGAGUUUCCCAGUGACGUGGCAGUUCGGGUGAUGAACCGCACAGUCCGCGUGAGGUGGAAUGAAGCCCAGAAUGUCCGUGGUCUUCUUCUCGGCUACAAGAUCUACAUCAAGAGACUGGGUGCAAAGAUGGGACGAGCCCGGCGGUCCCCUGGGGAAGUGCGCCACCUCCUGGAAGGAAAGGAGGAUGACGGAAUAUUGGAGCGAGCGAAAGAAGAUGACAAGGUGGUGGAGGUCAAAGGCAGGAAAACCACUGCGGAAGUGACGGGUCUGCAGCUCUUCUCCCGCUACACCGUUUCCGUGACUGCUUUUAACAGUAAAGGAGAGAGCCCUGCUUCCCCAGCUGUCCACUUCAGCACCCCAGAAGGAGUGCCUGGCCCUCCAGCAUCGCUGCUCUUUGAGAGCCCCACUGAGAACUCAAUGCUUCUCUACUGGACCCCGCCACUCCAAACGAAUGGAAUUCUCCUGGGAUACAUGGUGCAGUACCAACAAGAGGUGAAGAGCCGAGACAGUCCGGUGCGGAUGGAAAUCAUCGGCGAUCCCAGCGUGACCCACCUUAUGCUGGAUUCUCUGGAUCCCCGCAGCUACUACACCUUCCAGGUGAUCGCUCGCACCGCCGCCGGGGAUGGGCAGCCCAUCACCAGGAGGAAUGCGACCCUUUUUGACGGAGUUCCUCCAACAAACAUCACCGUCAUGCCUGACAAGACGUCAUUCAACCUGAGCUGGGUGCCUGGAGAACGAGAGAGGAACCAUGGCUUCCAUAUUGAUUUCCUUAAAAAGAGUGCUGGGGGGCAGUGGGAAGAGUCGGAAAUAGUGAACACGUCGCAGGGCUUCUACUCACUGACAGGUCUUCAGCCAGGAACUGAAUACCACCUUGUUGUUAUGCAUGGGAACUCUACUCAGUGGGAAUCUGCAAGUUGGACCUUAGGACCAGGGCCAUCGGAGGUUAGCGGUGGCUUUGCCACUCAGGGCUGGCUGAUAGGGCUCAUCAGUGCCAUCGUGCUGCUUAUCUUGAUCCUGAUCAUCCUGUGUCUGGUCAAGCGCAGGAAAGGUGGCAAAUACGCAGUGAAGGAUAAGGAAGACAAAGAGGUCGACUCAGAAGCGCGGCCUAUGAAGGACGAAACCUUCGGAGAGUACAGAUCUUUGGAGAGCGACACAGACGAGAAGCGUUCAGAAAGCCAGCCGUCGCUUUGUGGCGACAGUAAGCUAGGCAGCGACGACUCUCUGGCUGAGUAUGGCGACAGCGUGGACAUCCAAUUCAACGAGGACGGCUCCUUCAUCGGCCAAUACAGCGGACGCGCUCCAGCCCCUGCUGGUCAUGAGAGCUCCGGCCCCGCCUCCCCGGACAACACGGCUCCGCCUCCUCCCAUCGCACCAUCAAUGUCGAGCAUCCUCAACCAACCCAGCUAAACACACAUUCACACACACCCACUGUCUGAAUACAUUCCAUACAUUUAUGCAGAGAGGAUGUUUACACCGUUUUUCGCCUUUUCAAUGCCACGUUUACACUCACACACACACACACACACACACACACACACACACACACACACACACACACACACACACACACACACUUACUUAAUGCUUUCUGUGGUACUUUUUUCUCUGGUCAACAUUUAUCCCCCCCCAAAAAAGUGGCUCUUUGCGAUGUGGAUUCGUAGACGGCACAGCUGUGCUCAAGCGCAAAACUAGUGUAUUCUGAUUUUCAUGUCAAGCCUCGAUGCGCUUGUUUCGGAAUUUGCUACAUUUCUCUGCGCCGUGCUGGGUGUUACGGCGUACUUUGGGUGUCAUUGGAUAUGCCCCCAGCACACCUGACAAUUUGGUGGUUCAAAACCACCUGAAAUAUCCGUCUGCUGGAACCGCGUCAAAGUAUUGGCGCAGAGGAUGUAAUGCAAUUUGGCUGAAUUUAAUCAACGUGCAGGCAGAUCCAUGGAUGUGCGUGGUGGAAGUCAUCCUAUUCCAUUCAGAAAUAUGACAACUGCAGACACGUUGAACCCUCUGAAUCAUUGCAGAAAUCAGUUCAUAGCAUUGAUUACAAUUAGUGUUGUCUUUAUUAUAUAUCUUUAAAAUCCUCCCAUUGGCUGCACUGUUUUUUUACCUUUUACAUUAGCAGUGCUUAAGUUUUUUUUUUUUUGCACUUGUAUAAAAUAUUAGCUACGCUAGCUCAUCUGUUGAGAUUAAUAGAAAUAGGUGAUUGUUUAAUUUCAAAUUUGUUGUGUGGACCGACACUCCUGAGUCACAACUUUUUGUAUACAACACAUUAAAAAGUCACAUUAACCUGUCGCAUUGAAGAUACAUUUCCAGCCUGACACUAAUUCCACCGAGAUGUGCACGUUUUCUUUUCCUCCAAACAAGGUGGGCAAUGGUGGGCGACGUUGGAGUCACAUGACCAAAACGUGACAUUUGUGUGUGCUAGAAAGCGGCCAUUUUGAAACACUUGGUCUGCAUGUGUCUUUGCGUGUCCAUUACGUGUCUCUGCGCUGCACGUUGCUUUUCCAUUUGUGCACUCUAUCAUCAUUAUCCAUCCGACCAGGCGGAAACGUCUGAAUGUUGUUUUGCAUUGAGAGGAGAAACUCUGCCUUAUGAGAGUCCUACCGAGCCUCCUCUUAUCACUCCCUGACCACCCCCCCCCCACACACACACACACACACACACGAUUGGUGGCCCAGGAAACAGCAUGGGUCCUGUGUAGCAAACCUCACAUGGAGGAUCAUCCAUUGAUUAUUGCUCUCUGAAUGUAAAUACCGCGUUAAGAUUGUCCUUUUUGUCAUGGCUUUUUUUCUUCUUUUUUUUUCUUUUUUCUUUUUUGCUCUUUGAUAUAAUGAUCUUGUAUCAUAUAACUCUGCUGUCGAUUUAACACUGGAUGCUAAGAUAACAUUUGACAUCGAGCCAUUUGGUCAUUUGUGAUGAGUUUAGGGGUGAAGAUCAAGGUUAUGGUUUGAGGUUAGGAUUAGGGUUAGUGUUCAGGGUUUACGGUUGGAUUUGCCAGGCUGAUUUUUUUUUUGGUUGCUGAAACCGCUCAUACCGAUGUUCAUUCAGUGUGUGACCGCAGCACAGAGCUUUCCUUGUGUCACAUUUGUAGAUGAGACACAUUUCCUGCAGAUCAUAGUUGUAGCACUUUUUUCCCCACUUUCAAUUAUUUUGUUUGUUUGCUUUUUUAGCACUUUUAGCCACAAAGCGAAUGGUGACGAUGACAAGGAAGAGGCUCUCUUGAAUAUGGGGACAUUUAUGAUGCUUAUUUUGUUGCCUCGUACUGGACCAACGCACAUUUAUAUGAGUCACAAGAAAACAAUUUAUAAGAAAAGACCAAAAACUAGACAACGCCAGUAAUAUUUCCAAGACAAGUGACGAGAGGGUUUUUCCUGGCUGGUGGUGUUACCAUCCUGACCAUGCACCAUGACAUGCAUGUGUUCUGUAAAUUCAGCGGACUCACUUUCUUUUAUAGGAAACAUACUUUAAGGUUAGAGUUCCAAUAAGAAUAUGACUACUAUCAUGUUAAAGCAUACAUUCAUUAAAACUUGCAUAGCAGAAUGAUGGACUCGUAGCUUGUGUGAUGGGGCCACUUUUGCUUGAGAACCAUCGAUUAUUUUGAAGCAGCCUUCAAAAUGUCUGUGGUCCAUGUCCACCUGUGUUGCAUUAGCUCGCUGCAGUGUCCUCCCCCGCAAAAAUCUUAAACUGUCAAAACUACAUAAUUUUAGUUUUUAUGACUUUAUUAGUUGUGUCUUCUUAGGUACGACCAUCUUUAAAAUACUUCUCUUCUGCUGUUUUGUGAAUGGUCGUCACCUCGUGUCAUUUUAAUGUGUCCAGCCUGUAUGGCAAUCUGAAGGGAGGCAGUAAUUGCUUGUUGUGUUAGGGUGCAGUGCUUUUGGCAUAAAUAACAGUGCAUGUCUGAACUCAGUACCUGGGCCAGGUAAAUUCAUUUAGCCAUUGCUUGUCAAAGCCACUAGCUUGUGUGUGGGGUUUUUUUUUUGACGAUAUGGGGAGAGGGAUAAAAAAAAAAAAUAGUGUUUCAAUCACAUACACAUUGACUUUGCUUGUUAUGCUCCUGAGUGGAGACGGAUUUACGUUGCCUCGUCUCGCCGACUCGUCCCGUCCUGCAUUCCUCCCGUCUCUAUCAAUCACCAGUGUUUCAGAUCAAAUUUCAACAUUUUGUCACCACCAUAAAUUAUUACAUUUUAACUGCCCGUUGCGUUAAUUUCUCUGCACUGAACUCGGCGAACAACCUCAUGGGUGGCUGAUUUUUCCUGCCAUAUAACAACGCUAAAAAUCUUAAAUGUUACUUUGAAAAGAAGGAAACUUUUAUUUUAAUAAACACGACAUGCCUUGAUGCAAAAAACAGAAAAUAUUUACCUGUUUGAGAAAUCCGCUGUGGAAAUCAGGACGCCGAUAGGACUGACUACUGCAUUGAAAAAAGGGUGGGGGAUAAGUUCAACCCUGAUGUUAUUAGGCCCAAACAAAAUAUCCCAAACACAUGCAAGAAAAUAUUUUGCAAAACCAUGGUUAAAGUUUUUGUCCAAAAGGUUUGUUUGGCGCAAAGCUGGCAGCAUAAUGCCAAGGCAUUAUGAACAAUUCGAAAUAGUCUGUGUUAGCGCAAACCCUUCAGGUUUCUGCUACAAAGUCAUGAAAAAAGAAAAAAAAGGCAGGACAUGCCGACAAGAAUAGCUGUAGUGAACCACAUUAGAUUAGUCAUUGAUUUUUACUCCCCGUCUCGAAAAGAUUUAAAAAAAUAAUUUCAAUUGACUUGUGCAGCAUAUAGGUCAAUGAUGGGUAAAGUUUUGAAAUAAUUUGGGGGAAUCAUUUCUUUAUAUCACAAAGAUUGAUGGAAGUGAAAAAAACCUGGAAUGAUUUUUAGAUCCACGGUGACUUCAGAAAGAGUAUCAAUAUACAAGCAUUUAUAAUGACAGUAAGCCAAUUUUUAAAAACUAAUUUUAAGCAGUAGGUCAAUUUUUGAUCAUGAAAAAACGGUUACAGAAUAUGUCACGUGUCAAACUCUGGAAACCACCGGCUUUAAUUGGUGAAGCAGGAUAUUUCAAACAAAUGUUUUUUGUUAACAAACAUUUUUUUAAUAAAUAGCUUGCCUGAAUAUCUGGGUGCCAUUCUUUUUGCUUGACAUGCAAGAUUACAAAAGAUUAUCAGAGAAUGUGCUGACGGUUACAUAAAAAUGUGGUACUUCAUUACAUAAUAAUGAAAUGAUAAUUUUUACAUUCAUCUAAACAAGUGAGUUGACAGGACUGCUUGAUUGGAAAAAAAAAUGAAUGUGGAUAUGUGCUCUUGUGGAAGUGACUCUGCUUUAAUCAUCAUUUGGCAGUCCACUUGUCAGCUAUGUCACUAAAGCGUGAGCAACUACCCUUCAUGCAUUUCUCAAAUCACUCGAACAUCUCUUUGUUGGUCAUCUGCUCUGACACAGUAUGUCUGCCUCCUUUUAUAUGCAUAAUAUGAAUACAUAUACAAUAUAUGAACCUGAAAACAAUAGAAAAUAUGGAGAAAAAGCCCCAGAUUGAGGUAAAUAACACCUACUAACAAUACAGCAGAUGAGAAAAUGGCGGAACGGUCGCAUGGCGUCACUCUCAAUGCUUGAUAAUGAUAAUGAUGAUGAAAAUGAUGAUGAUGAAGAGGAUGAUGAAAGGGCAGGGCUGUCCUGCACGAAUGAAGUGUGCUGAUAUUGUAGCUGCUUGUUGAAUUGUGCGCUGUGCUCAAACUAGCUAACUAAUCCCUGUCUGUCAACUAAUAAACAUCAACUAGCAUAAUCA